AUGGUAUUGAUUGGAGGUGGUAUCGAAUAUCAACUAGGUGAAGACAACGGCAUUGAAGCUUUCAAAAGAAGUCCAUUCCAGCUCGACUGUCAAUUUUCACCCAGAGGAAGAGAGACUAGCGGGAAAGGGAAUCCUGACGGAGUAACGGGAUUGAUUGGCACUGGAGCAGCGAUCAUCGACGCGGUGGCAGCGGCAAGCGUGGCCGAUUCUGGAGACGAAUUGGUGGUUGUUGUCGCAGGCGACUGUGAUGGGAACAGCAACGGCGUCCGCAGUAGUUCUGGUGAGGAUGCGAACGGGUUUAGAGUCGUAGGCGAGUAUGAUGAGCCGUCAGAUGAAGUCGGCGAAGUCAGCAGUGAUUGA